AUGAAUGAGUGGCAUGAGUUCAAUUCCGUGAUAAAGUCGAUUUAUUGUAAUGCAAAGGAUGAUUCAAGUAAUACAAUAAAAAACCUAGUGAACUUAGCGAUAAAAAGUGAUGACUCUACCUUCAUUAAGGCCGUUUUAGUUCUGAAAGAAAACAUAUCAAAAAUAGAUAAACAGACAAGAUUCUUAUGGCUUACUUCAACUGUCAAUUCAAAGUUCUACCCUCCUAUACCUAUCUCGGAGGCAUCACCACUAUCUUGGAAUAAUAACGAAUACUGCCUGCCUGGAAGUGAAGAAUUGCAAAGGCGCUACCCAGAUAGAAUCACAUUACAGAACGAGAAAAAUUACACAGGCGGAAUAGAACAAUGCCAAGAUGUAACAGAUUGUUCAAUAGUAGCUUCUCUGAUUAAUCUCAGAGCUCAGAAUUUAGAGCUGCCUCCAACCAAACAAAUAUCAUCCAAUAAAUAUCAAGUUAACUUAUGUUUCAAUGGAAGUGAUAAAAGGUUAGUCACAGUAGACAUUUCUCAGAUUCCGACUUCAGUGGAUGGCGAACAACUUUCAUUAAGAAGCAAGGACAUUACAGAUAAAGUAAGUGAACUUGCGCUAUUGCUUGUUUCCCAAGGUACCUAUUCGACGAAUGGCUCCAACAUUAGUACAGAUACGUUCUACCUGAGUGGCUUUUUACCAGAGAUAGUACAACCAAAUGACUAUCCCUUUGAAAAAUUAUGGGAGUUCUUCAAAUCCAGCCUAUGUCUGAUGGGCGUUGGUAGUGGAAAUCGUUCCAACGACUUGAUAAAACCACUGGUAGCAAACCAUGAUUAUUCAAUUAUUGAUAUCAACUACGAAUCUAGACUACUCAAACUGCGAGAUCCAAGAAACUCAGCAUCCAAUAUCGAGAUUACUUACGAACAGUAUUUGAGCAACUUCAAACAAUUGUACCUCAAUUGGAACCAUGAAAAAAUAUUCAGAUACUCUCAAACGUUGCAUUUUCGGUACGAUGCUGUACGUUAUAGUAAAUUUGCGAUCAUUGCAGGUAAGCCUUUAUUCCAAAUAGUAAAUAAUUCCAAGGUAACAGAAACGGUGUGGUUAUUGCUUGAAUCACACCUGCUAAAUGAAGAUAGGGAAAGAAUUGAGUCAAUUUCCUUUGUGAACGAAGCUCCACUAUGUAUAGUUUACCCAAUUGAAGCACCAGUCGAUAGAGGCGGUACUCAUACCGGAAUGCAGCUGGUAAAGUUAAAAUUAGGUUCUGAGGCUGAAAAGUUAUUGUAUUGCCAUUCAACAACCAACAACAAUUUUAGUAUUCAUUUCUUCUCAGUUGCGAAGGAAAUCUAUUUUAGAAAGUUAAAUAAUACGGAUGGUCUUGUUGCCAACGUAACCUUCUCUCCUCUUCAUGAAACAGAUAAAAAAACCUCUUUCGAUACCUGCAAUUUUUUCCAAAAUCCAACUUUUGAACUGGAAGUUUAUUCUGAAAAAGAUCAGCAAAUUUUUAUGGAUGUUACAUGUGUGUCAACUAGCUUUCGCGAUUUAGUUAACGUUCAGGUAUACUACUUGGACGAUUAUGAGCUGGUGAAACCGAUAAUGUUUGAUAAUCACUAUGAACCCGGGCAAAUCGUCAAACAAGAAGUACCCAUCUUAACUAACUCCAAAUAUUUACUUGUUUGCUCUACUUAUGGCACUCCAGUUUCCUCGGAAUUCCAAUUGGUAACCUCGACACGUUUCUCCUCCUCAUGGAGGUUGAUAUCUCGCAUAGGUUUACGUAGUAUUAACUUGAUUUACGGUUCUUAUCCAUAUCAAUUCCAUACCAACUUUCAUUGGAAGAAAAACUUCAACAGAAUCAAAAUUCCAAUAGCUUUGCAAACCAAAAAAUACGCGACAAACAAACUUUUUGUACGUAUAGUACCCGUGGAAUCAUCAGCACAUUUGAGAAUACGAUGUAAUAUUUUUGAGCUAGAAUCAUCUCUCUGUGUUUAUGAAUGUCAAGAAUACAGAAGUUGCCCACCCGGGGGCAUAGUUAUAUCAAAUUUGGAGAUCACUCGUAUUAGCACUAUAGUAUUGAUGAUUGAAAAAGAUGUAUCUAUUUUCAAUGAAUCUACCAAAAAAGGUAACAUGGAUGAAUUGGAGCUGUAUGUUGGGUCUAAUCAAAAAAUCGAAAUCGAACAGUACUCCGAUUAUGUAACACAACAAUAA